CAACUGCUUCUUAGGUUGCAGACGCCUCAAAGUGGCGUUCCCGGCCUCUUCGGAUUUCUUUGCUUUGAAAAAAUGUUUUUCGCUCUCUUUUUGUCGUCGUCAGAAGAAUUGUUGUUUACUAAAAUACGUCUUUCACGGCUCGACUCGUUCGCUAACGAGUCAGCCAUAUUAGCGUCGACCUCUUUCGAUAAAAACACAACGUUUCUAACUGUAAAAGCCUUGUUUACGUUUUCGACUUGUGUUGGAAACAUUGGACUAUCGAUGACAUUCGUACUUAGUCGAGUACAGCAAAAUUAUGUUGUCUGCCCUUGACGGAAACCUGCCGUUUGUUGAGCUCAAAAUCGCGCUCUCUUCUGUCCGCUUUUGCGACUUAAGAUUCUUUUGAAAACCUUUGUUCUACAACCAAUCAUUACAUUCGGUGAUCUCGUCAACAAUAUAAAAUAUCCCUCGGCAAAAGUAAUGAAUUAUUUGGUCAAAAUGCAUUCUUGCGAUAUGUGCCAACCGCUUUCGAACUAUCCACUUUACGCUUGAAUAAUUUGCUUAAUGGGUUGAACUGCAUCUGCUUAUCUGAAGAAAUUGCGGCUAAAUACAGGGAGAAGCAAAAGACAAAAUUGCAAAAAACAAAUGAUAUACCGCUCAAACAUCUACUGUCACAGAAAAACCCAUUGAAACUAUAUCAAACACAACCAGCGUAAAAUUAGAAUCUGAGACUAAGAUGACUAAAGCGACGAAAAAUAAACGCAAAAAGGAAGUGUCCCAGUGCCGUGGUAACACCAGUGACACGGAAUCUUUACCUGAGAAAAAAUUAAAAAAUACAGAUCUUCCAUAUGGAGAUAUCGUUCUGGUGGAAAAAUCAGAUGAUAUACCACAAAGCAUAUUGUCCUAUUCAGUUAAUAUAUCAGGAAAUCAUCUGGAAUGGAAAUGCACUCAGAAAGACCAAUCAUACGAUUGCACGGUCUAUAUCAAUUCAACGCCAGUAGCAUGCGCGUCCGGUAGUGGUCGAAAAAAUGCUAAAAAAAAAGUUGCCGUUAUUGCAUUAGACGAAUUACGAAAACAUUACUAUACUAUUAAGAUCAAGGAAAAUUUAAGUGCACAAAGAAAUGUAAAGAACGUAAAUGUAACGACGAUAGAGAAGACCAAGUUACAAGAUAAUAUUCCCGACGACAAUGUCGGAAAGAAGUUGUUGAAAUUAAUGGGCUGGAGCGGUGGCGGUCUUGGAAAAUCUCAGCAGGGCAUCACGGAACCUGUGAUGCUCAAGCAACAGCUGAGCCGGAAAGGUUUGGGUCUGAAAUCAAGUAUUUGUACUUCUAAACCAGCGCUAUUACGGGAGUUGAAAGCCAAAUGCAAGGAAGCUUUUAAGAAAUUGCUAAUGGGCGAUACGGAAAAUGAUAUAAUAUUCUCUACGGAUUUUACCAGUGAUGAAAGAGCAAUGAUCCAUCAAGUCGCGCGUUCCAUGGGUCUCAAAUCGCGCAGCUACGGCCCCUCGGAUCAACGGAGAUUGGUGAUAUCCUGCAAGAUCGAUAUCCGUAGCUUGGUCGAGGAACUGAAAGGCCUCGGUGAAAUUACCGAGAAAUACGAGCUGAUAGGACCGACCACGUAAAUGAGGAGAGAUUAGUUUCACCAAGGCACCUGUAAAUUUCUUUUAUACAUAAGCGUCCCGUAACAUUAAAAUCAUACACACACAUACUGUAGCAAUUUAUCGUCUGUCUGGACAAAUAAAUGGGCUUUUCAUGUGUUUUAUAAUAUUUUAUUGUUUAAACGAUCCAAAAACAAGCUGUUUGAAGUAAAUAUAUCGCAACAUUCUAACUGAUCACUCCUAGCACGAAGUAGCAAGACUCGCUCGAUUCCUGUCUCUAAAUAGACACGAAAGUAUUUGUGCCGAAUGGAAAGGAAACGCUUAUACAGAUUAGAAGAAUUCUAUUACAUAGUCAGUAAAACAGUACGAACGAAUAGAGAGGCGAAAUAUAGGUGAAAAGUAACGUUCGUAAGGAGCGUUGUUAAGUGGAAUGAAGAUCUGUUGAAUCUCGUGAUUCGCGCUCGUCGAAUGAUGCAACGUACGUUAACUUCCCUCGCACGUCACAUUUUAACGUUGAAAUCAUCUCCGACAUCGUGUAGCUUCUUGAGGUUCGUCGAUCAGAACUGAGGAAACGGUAAAUUUCUUCUUUUUCUUCUUCUUUCGCUCGGCGAUCAUCGGAAAUACCAAGUUCAACGAAUGAAAGUACAAAACUCGAAGAAGUCAUAGGAAGGGUGGAGAGAGGGGAUUACUUACAGUGUACAUACGUGUCGCAGUUUGCCGUAUAAUAAGAAUGCUUUGGCAGUAGAACAAUUAGAAGUCGAAAAGUAACAUAUAUAUAGAUACGACGGUGCGUGAUUUUAGUAGAUUAUCACAUUGUUAUAUCUCGAUAAUUAAGGUGGUCAUCGGUAAAUUCUUUUUCUUUUUUUUUCUCUUUUCCCGUUUACACAUGUAUGUCUAUAUAGAUAUAUAUGCAUGCGCCGCGUAUAUUUGCUCGAAGUGACAAGGCUGAGGAUUACGCGCGUCUCUUACAUAAUCACUAAUUUAUUGAUCCACUUGACAUCACACGAACGAUGUGUGUUUGUAUGUGUGUGUAUUGCACACGCACACAAUAUUACAUCAGUAUAAAUGAAUAACGAAACUACCGAUUGAAACGUGCACAUGCAACACGUGUGUAUGCGUGUGUGUAAACGCACACCCACUCGAAAGAAUAUAAAUCACAUCUUCCGUGUGUUGAUUAAUCGAUUAACCGUGCGAUCGCGCGCGCAUAAUAGCCGACCCGGGUAAGAUAUUUUCGCAAGAGCUGCCGCAACAUUUUCCGCACAGUUGAAUUUACGAAAGAAGUCACGCCUUCGUGCGGCGUUAAUUCUCCUUGUUUCUCUAUUUUCCGAACGACUCCCGUCGUCCCGCGAUCGAUAAAUCGCGGAGAGCGAACUUGUUGCAAAAGGAAAAAAAAGUAAACAUACACGUACAAUACAUAUAAGAGACGACACACAAUUCAUCGGAUCGGAAACUAAAUCGAAUACUUAUUUAUAGCCGGUGGAGAUUUGCGUGGGGAAAUGUUGCGCACGGAAAGGAUGUUUUGUUCAAUGUAGAAAUAAUUAUUUACAGUCGUGCUCGCAGUCGCUUUUUGUAUUGUGCGAGGUAUAAAAAAAAAA